AAUUCACUGCCUUCAGGCAAUACCAGGUUUGGGCAUUUCCUUCUCUACUUCCCACAGUCACCUUCUGACUUCCAACCCACCAGUAGCUGUGUGAAAUGGCAUAAUGAACAUCAAGAUAUAGUUCUUCCAGGGAAAGAAAUGGAGGCUAAAACUCAAGAUAAAUGCCUGCAGGACUGGUUCAAGAUCAUAAUUCCUAAUGGGAUCAAGUAUGAUAAGACCUGGCUAAUGGAUUCACUGCGGACACAUUGCAGAGUCCCCUUCACUCCCGUGGAUUUCCACUACAUGAAAUAUGGGGCAAGGUUCUAUGUCCAGGAUGCUAGUGUUGCUGCUGCAUUGGAAGACGCCAACGGCGAGAUUUGUGACAAGGAGAACAAAAAGAUAUCUAUCUUUGUCAGUCCCUCGCCUGAACCCCUAUGUUUGCAGAAUAAGUUGAAGCCAGAAGAAACAGAGCAACUAAAGCUGACCAUGUACAAACGAUAUGAUUCUUACCAGCAAUGUCUUGACCUGCAGAGUCUCUGCUUUGACCCAGAUUUGGAGAACCAUGGUAUUGAUAUAAUCCUGAAUCACAGAGGCUGCAUGUCUGUCAUCCUGCAGAUCAUCAAACACAACUUCCCAGAGUUGUUGUCCCUGGAUUUGCAAAACAACAGACUGUACCAGCUGGAUGGCCUGAGUGACAUUAUACAGAUGCUCCCCACAGUCAAGAUUCUGAACCUCUCAAAAAAUGAGCUGAGUUCAGUGGAGGAGGUGAGCAAGAUGAAAGAGCUGAAGCUUGAAGAGUUGUGGCUGGAUGGGAACCCCUUGUGUGACACCUUCCCAGACAGGGCCACCUACGUGAGUGCCAUCCGGGCGUGUCUCCCCAUGCUGUUACGCCUGGAUGGCCAGGAAUUGCCACCAUCAGUUGUAACUGACAAUCAUGUUCCCGAGAUAAUAAGGCCUUGUAAGGAAAGUUAUCAAGGAUCUGAGACCCUGAAGAAUUUAGUCCUGCAAUUUCUGCUGCAGUAUUACUUGAUCUAUGACUAUGGAGACCGAAAGGGCCUCCUGAGUGUUUACCACGAAGAGGCCUGCUUCUCCCUGACUGUUCUCUUCAGCCCCGAAGACCCAGCUUCAAGCAGCUUGGAAGUGUAUUUAAAGUAUAACAGGAAUAUGAAGACACUCAAGGAUCCUGACCUGCGGGUUCAGCUGCUGAAGAGUACAAAAUAUGACAUUGUUGAAUCCCUCUGCACGUUGCCCAGAACUCAGCAUGACCUUAACUCGUGGGUGGUAGAACUGUGCGUCCAGACGGAAACCAUGGUCUACUUUUCUGUCAAUGGGGUUUUCAAGAAGGUAAUGGAAGGAAAGUCUCAAGAUUUUGUUCGUACCUUCACCCGAACCUUCAUCUUGACUCCAGGCACAAAUUCUGGUUUGUACAUUGUGAACGAUGAACUGAUUUUGAGGAACACCAGGACCGAAGAAACCCAGAGCACUGUCUUCAUGCCAAGGCCCAGCGGUAGGCCUGUUCUUUCCCUGAGGCAGCAGGAAAUGGUGCAGACUUUCUCCACCCAGUCUGGGAUGAACCGCCAGUGGUCUCAGAAGUGCCUGCAGGACAACCAGUGGAACUACCUCAGAGCUGGGCAGAUCUUCACCAUGCUCAAGAACCAGGGCAAGAUCCCGGAAGAGGCCUUCAAACCAACCCCCUAAACAGGCCCUCGGAUGUCCUGCUUGUCCCCCUGUAUGUCAUCUUUGUUUCCCUUUUCUUCACCCUAAGGCCACCCCAGAGUGAGGGUUGGCGACCUGGCUGGCCAAGGAGCCACAGUCCCCUACUGUAGGGUCAGUUGGUUCUGUUGCUCUGUUUUCCCCACCCGGAUUGUUGGCAUUUUCAUAAUAAAGA